UGCCUGUCGAAUGUCGAAGAAUGUCUCGCAUCUGGAUUUGUGUACCGAGCUCUUAACGUUUGUCUGCAGAAGUCAAAGUCUACGCGCCUGCGCGAGUGCCUGUCGAUCAACUUGACCUUUUCAGCUCCCAGAUCAGGAAAUUGUUGGAAUUCAAUUCAAAAUACAAGAAAAACAAAUGAAAAUGUCUUCCCCAUAUGUGAUGAUCGUGCCGAUCGCAAUACUAUAUCUUUGCCUAGGUCCCUCGAUAAUUGCCCAAGACUCGGAGUUUGCGGAACGCAACCACAAGAAACGCCAAAUCUAUCGUGAACAAGUAUUGCCACAUGCGGGCGGCAAGAUACCCGACACCGCCUUUGAGACGGAUCGCCUGUUCUUGAAUCGCCUGCAAAAGGAGGGCAUCGCAGUGCCAGAUGGUAUAGUGCCCGAGCAGCGGAAUCCUCAGGUGUAUCAGUACUACAACAAACCCAUGCGCACCGUUUUCCACAUCGCCCUGAGUUCGGAUGGGAGGUAUACGCCGCGGGAGGGUCGGUACCACUACCGCCAGGUGCCCACGGUGGAGACGACUUACCUGUACCCCCAGGUGGUGGGUCGCCAGCACGUGGUGGUGCCUCCCAAGCACGCCCUGCCCAUCUACAGGCAGCUCCAGUUGCACAAUCCCCUCCUCAAUCAGGUCAAGUUGCAGCCCAAGAAGAUGCCCAAUUUUCUGGAACUGGCGCCCACGGUGGCCGGGAAGAGCCAGUCGAACCCACUGGCCGGAUCGGCCAAGGCGCAAUCUUAUCAGAAUGUGAAUCUCCUGCAUGGUCACAGUCCGCUGCCGCCGGCUUUCAAGAAGACCUCCCGGGGCAGCAAGACCUAUGUGGACAGCUAUGGCACAACCCAUCUCUUCAGCGAGUUUGACGAUCUGCUGAACAAACUGGACCUGCAGCAAACGGGCCGAAAGAAUUAUUAGUUUUAGUGCAGUGAAUGCCCAAAUUUAGUAGAAUUUAUGGAU